AUGCCCGCCGCAGAUCAGAACAGCGCCGCCGCCGCCGGCACGGAGCAGCAGCAGCGCUCACCACUCGCCGAGCAGGCCGCAGAGCUGCUGCACAAGCGGUGCAAGAUACAGGUCAAGGAUGGGCGGGUGCUGGUUGGCGACUUCACUUGCCUGGACAAGGAGGGGAACAUCAUCCUCACCAACACUUAUGAACACAUGCAGCUGGGCGGCCAGCUGCACGAGAAGGUGAUGGGGCAGGUGCUGGUGCCCGCCGCCCACCGCGUGUCGUGCGAGUUCCAGGCGCUGCCGCAUGACCAGGCGCUGCGAGGGCUGCUGCUGCAACAGCAGGAGACCUGA